AUGGCUGCCUCCGACGGCGCUUCCUCAAUCAGCGUUGCAGUCCGAGUUCGUCCCUUUACGAUUAGGGAGGCAGCACAAAUCACCAGAUCUGAUGAUGGGCCCCUGUUCCUCGGUGACGGGUCCCUGGCGGGUGCACCAGCACCAAAGCUUAACCAGAAGGGAAUCCGCUCCAUCGUGAAGGUCAUCGACGACCGAUGCUUGGUAUUUGACCCCCCAGAGGACAAUCCUGUCCAGAAGUUCUCCAGGAGCGUGGUGCCCAAUGGCAAGCGCGUCAAGGACCAAACAUUCGCCUUCGAUCGCAUCUUCGACCAGAAUGCUUCUCAGGGGGAGGUGUACGAGUCGACCACACGCAGCCUUCUCGACAACGUACUCGACGGAUAUAAUGCGACGGUGUUUGCAUACGGUGCAACGGGGUGUGGAAAGACCCAUACAAUCACUGGAACUGCCCAGCAGCCCGGUAUCAUCUUCCUCACCAUGCAAGAGCUGUUUGAGCGAAUUAACGAGCGUUCGAGCGAAAAGUCGACUGAAAUUACCCUUUCCUACCUCGAAAUCUACAACGAAACAAUUCGCGACUUGCUUGUCCCCACUGGAAGCAGUGGUAAGGGAGGGUUGAUGCUACGUGAAGACUCCCAGCAGUCAGUCUCCGUCGCUGGCCUGUCAAGCCACCACCCGCAAAGUGUGGAGCAAGUCAUGGAUAUGAUCAUGCGAGGCAACGAGUGCCGUACCAUGUCGCCCACCGAAGCGAAUGCCACCUCAUCCCGAUCGCAUGCCGUUCUCCAAAUCAACAUCGCCCAGAAAGAUCGGAAUGCCGAUGUCAAUGAACCCCACACGAUGGCCACUCUCAGCAUCAUUGAUUUGGCUGGAAGCGAGCGUGCUAGCGCCACAAAGAACAGAGGCGAGCGGUUGUUUGAGGGUGCCAACAUCAACAAGUCUCUGUUGGCCCUGGGCAGCUGCAUCAAUGCCCUGUGCGAUCCUCGGAAGCGCAACCACAUUCCCUACCGAAACUCUAAGCUCACUCGUCUCCUUAAGUUUGCUCUUGGUGGAAACUGUAAGACUGUUAUGAUUGUCUGCGUCAGCCCUUCGAGUCAACACUUCGAUGAGACACAGAAUACUCUUCGAUAUGCCAACCGAGCAAAGAACAUCCAGACCAAGGUCACUCGGAAUGUCUUUAACGUCAAUCGGCACGUCAAGGACUUCUUGGUCAAGAUUGACGAGCAAAUGAACAUGAUUAACGAGCUUAAAGCGCAGGCAAAAGACCACGAGAAGGUCGCUUUCGCGAAGUUCCGCAAGCAGAACGAAAAGAAAGAUGCUGUUUUGCGUGAGGGCGUCGCCCGAAUCCGUAAUGCAUAUGAGCAUACACUGCUCGAGCGGCAGGAAAAGACCAAUAACAUGCUAAAAUUACGACAAAUCAGCCGCAGAAUCGGCAUUCUAUCAUCUUGGAUCGCAGCCUUUGACAAUGUCUGCGCAACGCGCGAGGACCAGGAGGGAUUGUCCAACUUGUAUGCCGUUCGCAAGUCUGCGCAGGGUAUCCUCGUUGAGCUGGAAGGCAGCAGACACCAUUACAACCAGCGAUUAUCGAAGAGCAACUGGGAUCGUGCAGUAAACUCAGCCGUUGAAAAUGCCGCCAAGCAACUCCAGGAGUUUGAUACUACCGACAACAGUGACUUUGCCAACCUGAACCGAGAAGCAGAGCUACUGAGGUCUAAUGCAGAGCGCGAGGCAUUGUCAGCCGUGGUGGAACAAGACAAAGCCGGGGAGGCCUCUGCUGUACAGCUUCUUUUGCAAGCACAGUUUGAGAUUAUGAGCUCGAUCGAGGAGAUCAUGCAGCUAAAUGCAAGCGAAGCCAUCAAAAAGGGACGGACGAUCCUUAUGAAGAUGAUGGAGGAUUGCACCAACACCGCAUCAAACCUUGUCAAACCAGAUGGAGGCAUGCCCGGUAUCCCGAACGUCAGCUCCGCCAGGCCAGCAAGUCCCACAAAGCCAAAGAAGAGAUUCAGUUUGGUCAGCCUGCCGCCUAUAUCGAACGCCAACCCUCCAGUCACAUUCGCCGCUGUUGCUCCAACGUCACCAACCAAAGCCUCUCCCCGUCGUCGCAAGGUUGCACCUGGCCGGAAGAGCGUCAGCUUCACGCCGAAGAAGACUCAGUCAAAGCCCGCGAAACGAUCUGUCCGCUGGAAGGACGACGAGCAAGAUGGUGCUCUGACUGAGUUCCAAAAGAGCCCUAAGAAGGUUGAGUCUGACUUUGUCGAUGGACCUAGCUGGGGGGAGCCAUCCUUGCCUCCUCGGUCAGGAUCUCCUAUUCCGCGGGAUAUCCCGAGAGUAGCUAGCCCGGCGCUCUCUGUAUCUCCCGUCUCCGACGAGCCUGCUGAACCCGCUGAGCCGACAUUGAACGUCCAAAAGAACAACAGCCGCUUCAAAGCAGGAUUCCUGUCCAAGAGGGCUGGUAGCUCACCAUUGGCGCCCCCGCCUUCAUCCACUCUCCCUCUCACAGGCAGGGAGAACUCUCCACUCCGUGACAUCGAGGGAAGCAGUUUCAUGAACCGGAGCCCGAUGGAGCGCCCAUCCCGCAUUGCAGUCCGCAGUCCCAGCGGAAACUUCUCAAGCGGCCCAGUUUCUGAAAAUAGGGACGACUGGAAGUCGGAUAAGGAAGAUGCAAUCAAGAUCAACUCGGCCAUGCGACGCAUCUCAAGCAGUCAUACCGGUGCCUCAUCUGCCAACUUCCUACGAGUUCACCGACGCCGCAGCCCAACUUCGGAUACCUAUGGGGCUACCCUGGGUGAAAACAACAUGUUCACCGCGUCACAAGCGCGGCGCAUGGUCAAGAGCGAGAGAGAAGUCCACGCAAAGCCUCGUGUGUUGAGCCCUCACACUCUUCCCGUGAUGAAGAAUACCGGACGCCGCACUACGUUGGGGGAUAUUCGACCUCGGAAUCUCAGCAUCUCCAGCCGGGAUGCCAUUCGUCUUAGCGCAAUGGCAGCGCCCCCUGUUGACCGCUAG